CGCAUAUGUAUAUAUACAUAUAUAUACCAGAGUUAUGCUUGAGAUUUGGCGUAACACACAUGGGCCUCACAACUUUUAUGGUCAUUCAAUCCUUUCUUAUAAAACUAAACUGAAUCAACAACAUUAUCACUCUCUAAACCACAAAGCUGCCAGGGCUUAAUUACGCACGAUGUCUCAAAUCAAGCAUAAGAAAGCCUGGAUUCUGACUCCAAACAUGGACUACACGCCUACUGGCGUUCUCCAACUUGGCCAGAUUUUAACUGAUUUUACCAAUCCAAACAGUGCUAUUCUGACCGAAGGGACCGCUCCCAUUCCAGAAGAGACGUUGAAAGACGAGUCCAUCCAUCGAAAGGUUAAUUUCGAGUCGAUCGAAUCUCAACAAACUGCCUUUCGAACUUGGCUGAAAGUUGCUUUUGACAUGGAUAAGAUUGCUAAGGUUAGCAAAACUUUGCAGAAGGCCUACCAAGAAAAGUUUGAGGGUCAUAAUAUAAGUGCGGUCAUGUUCCAACCUUCUGAACGUUACGUCCAAACUGCACUGUCCCUUAGAGAUGCAUCUCCUCUCACUUCCAUGCCUUGGUACAUGAGACACAGGCGAAUUUGGCUGGUAACUGGACUACGUAUCCUUGGGAAGGGUACGAAAGUGAGCGAGGCUUUCAUACAGAGAGCUACCGGCGCCGCUGGAGCAAAAGUGGAUUGCACUACUGUUGAAGUGCCCAUAGCCGCGGGGUUGGAUGUUGGUCAUCAGCAAACCACAUUUAAAGACCAUGAAGUUCAUGAUUCUGACCCGUUUAUUUACUGUUACCGCCUUCACGAGAUCAUUAUUAAACGAACAUAUAAGAAAACCAAGUUGAAAGCUUUCAGCGGGGGGCACAUCCAAGAUACGGGACAAGAUUACAAUAGCAGCGAUGAUGAAGAUGCAGAUUCAGAUGAAGAAGAGGUUAUAAAUGGAUAUGAAGUGGUUGCUGUGGACGAUGAAGCAUUUGAUGGUGCUGGUGAAAAGGCCAGUUGUGUAUUUGUCAUUUUGGUUCUCGAGCAGUUUCUUAAUCUUGUCUAUUGUGGAUAAAAAAGUCCUCGCGCCUCGCACCUCGCACCUCGCGUUUAUUCGCCUGUUACAUCCGACUCCUCUCUUCUUUGUCAUGCAUUCCAGAUGACAAAUACUGCGCUAUUGUAGAUCAUUGCAUAUAUGGCGGAAGCUACAUACCGUGUACCGACCUUUCUUCCGCUUAAUGAAUAUAGUACUCUCUUUGUAUCUGAUUAGUGC